AUGGGUGGGCGCGGAUCCGGCCGCGCUGAGCGGAUAUCCGUGCCGGUGAACGGCCAGAUCCCGCAAUGUUUUGGCGGCACGCUGACCUUCGAGAAGACGGUGGGUCGCACGUUCCAGCCGUCGGGCGCCGAGAAGCGCGACCUGCUGGUCAACACCAACUCUCCCGUGCUGCGGGACUGCACGGCGAUCUGCAGCCAGGCCACCUACUGCAGCGGCUUCGUGCUCGACUAUGAGGAGGGCAGGUGCGUGUCGUACGACCUGGAGUCCGCCACUCGAGAGAGUGAUCUGAUCGACAAAGAAGGCACCAGCUACUACGAGGAGAUCUGUCUCCGUGGCGUGGCGGAGGAGUUCACCGAGAUGUGCGGUGACGACCGGCUCUGGGCGUUCGAGCGCGUGUUGGGCGCCAUGCUGGAUGGGUUCGACACGAAGGAGAUGCCCUCGGUCCAGAGUCGCGUCGACUGCGAGCGCGCCUGCCUCACGGAGAAGGAUUUCAACUGCAGGUCAGCCGACUACGACAGCGUGGAGCGAGUGUGUCGGCUCAGCAAGGAGGACCGGCGCACGCAGCCACAGGCCUUCCGCCGCGGCCGCAGCACCAUCGAAUAUCUGGAGAACCAGUGCGCCAGGCAGCUGCCCGACUGUCGGUACGACCCUCCCCAGCGGGGCGUGAUGGUGCUGACGCCGGACUCGCUGGACUUCGCCGAGUCGUCAGCCGCCUGCGAGGCCGCCUGCACCCGCGAGCGUCGCUUCGUCUGUCGCAUGUACACGUUUGACCGGGUCAAGAACCGCUGCUACCUGAGCGGGGACGACUUCGUCAGCCUGGGCCGAGUCGAGCUGCCGGCCAUGGAGGGCGCCGUCACCAGCCAGCGCGUCUGCACGCUUGAGUCAUGCGACGACGGUGUGCUGACGUAUGAGAAGGUCACCGGUCAUAUUCUGCGGGGCGCCAACCAGGAGCCGUUCCCGCUGCCGCCCUCAGCCGACCAGGGCAUCACCACCCCGUGCAGUGACCAGUGUGAUGAGACGGGCACCGAAUGUCCGGCGCUGGUGAUCGACUACUUCAGCCAGCGCUGCUACCGGCUGGACCGCAACACGCAAGGCCGGGUGCAGGACCUGCAGGCCAGGGAGGGCUUCAACUACUUCGAGAAAAUCUGCCUCAUGGGGCCCGCCGCCACCAGCUGCCGCGGCCGAACCUGGGCAUUCGAGCGUGUGCCAGGCAUGCAGCUGAGAGACCACGACGACCGUGUGCUGAGGGCGGUACCUAACCGCAAGGACUGCCAGAACGCCUGCUUGGCUGACAACUGCAGGUCUGCCACCUUCGACGCAGAGACGCUGGAGUGCCGCCUGAGCAGGGCCAGCCGGCGCCAGUUCCCGGACGACUACGUGGAAGCCGGCCGAGGCGUCGAGUACCUAGAGAACCAGUGUCUGGGCGCGGACACGCGCUGCGACUACGUGCCGACCACGGACAAGUACCCGCGCUACAUCGACCUGACGAUCCCGCGCGUGGACCGCAUCACGGACUGCGAGCGGCUCUGCACGAACAACCGCCAGUUCGUGUGCCGCUCGUUCGCUCUGUACACCACGGCCGGACAGUGUCUGCUGAGCGGAGACGAUGAGAUCUCGGCCGGUGAGAAGGCCUAUCUGUCACGCGCCGGGACGGACUUCUACCAGCGGGACUGCGUGGGUCGUCGUCCUGGCGGCGGCGGCAGACCUGAUGGCGGCAGGCCUGAUGGCGGCAGGCCUGAUGGCGGCAGGCCUGAUGGCGGCAGACCUGAUGGCGGCAGGCCUGAUGGCGGCAGACCUGAUGGCGGCAGACCUGACGGCGGUAGACCCGGCGGUGGGCGACCAGAUGGUGGGCGGCCGGACGGCGGACGACCAGACAGCGGGCGGCCGGGAGGCGGGAUCGACUGUGACCAGUACGAGCUCAUUACGGGCGUGGAGAUGCGACAAAUCCGGGGCUCAGAGCUCGUCUCGGACUUCGACAACCCCGGCAUCAUGGCCGAAUGCACCAGGGAGUGCACCCGGUCUCGACGCUGCUCGGCCUUCAACCUGGAGCACCGCGGGCGGGACCGGCGGGCGCGCGAAGCCCGCUGUUCGGCCCUCGAGCUGCGCGAGAACAUCGAGGUCGACCCCCGCGACCUCACCGACACGCCCGGCGUCAGCUUCAUGCAGAAGAUCUGCCCCAGAAGUCGAGGGUGCGGCAAACUGUACACAUUUGAGCGACUGGUGAACGCCGAGCUGUCCGUGCGGGAGGACAGGCUAGUCCGUGACGUCACCAAGCUCGAGUGCCAGGACGAGUGUCUGCAGGAGACCAGAUUUGACUGCAGAUCCGUCACGUACGACUACAGAGAACGGCUGUGCCUGCUAAGUCGCGAGAACAGACAGAGCGCUCCCCGAGCGCUGAGGCGCACCAACGGCAGGGACUACUUCGAGAACCAGUGCGCCAGGGAGUUCCGAGAGUGCUCGUACCGGAACGAGGACCGCGACGUGUUCCUGGUGUACACGCACAAGGCGGUGUCCGAGUUCAGCGACUCGCGAUGCCGCGAGGCCUGCGACCGCGAGCGCGACUUCAACUGCGCCUCCUACUCCUUCCUCGCCACGGGCCGGGACCGGCAAGCCUCGUGCUUGCUGUCUGGGGUGCGUGCCAACGACCUGGAUCGCAGCGGCGUGCAGUUCCUGGAUGGCGCCCUGUACGCCGAGCGCAUCUGCCAAGACCGGGCGUCCGGAAGGCCGGACGGCGGAGGACGGCCCGACAGCGGGGGAAGACCCGGCACUGGGGGAAGACCCGGCAGCGGGGGACGGCCCGACAGCGGAGGAAGACCCGGCACUGGAGGAAGACCCGACAGCGGGGGACGUCCUGGCGGCGGGGGAAGACCCGGCAGCGGGGGAAGGCCCGGCAGCGGGGGAAGGCCCGGCAGCGGCGGAAGGCCCGACAGUGGCGGGAGGCCGGGCUCGGGUGGCCGCCCCGAUCCAGGCGGCAACGAGGUGGACACCGGCGGCCGCCGGUCGCCCGACAUCCAGCGCUGCCGCGUCACUCCCACCUACGAGAAGGUGCUCAACGUCGAGUACCGGCCGGCUCGCCGCUUCGAGAUCGAGGCACGCGGCCGCGGCCGCGGCGUCACCGUGCCCUGCCUGCUACAGUGCGAGCGGAAUCGUCGCUGCCUGGGCAUCAGUCUGGAGUACGGCGAGCAGGGCGAGCGCUGCUACGGCCUGGAGACCUCGGCCGGCCAAGAUGGCGGCACGCUCAGCGUCGCCGACGGCAUGUCCUACUUCGAGAAAGUCUGCAUCGAAGAGCGCACCUGCGGCAAGGGCUGGACCUUCGAGCGCGUGCCGAACUACGUGAUCGAAGGUCACGACGAUCUGGUGAUCCCUCGCGUCAGGAACAAGGAGAUGUGCGAGACGCUCUGCCUGCAGAACAUUCGCAUGCCGUGCCGAUCGGCUGAGUACAAUUUCCGCGAGCAAACGUGCGCCCUGUCAACCCAGACCCGCCGCACCCAGCCCUCCGAGUUUGUGUACGACGCCGACGUCGAAUACCUGGAGAACCAGUGUGCACCCGACCCGCCCAACUGCGAGUACCGGGAUGUUGAGAGCCGGUUCCUGCCCUUCGUGGACCGCAUGAUCGCGCGGGUCGCCAACAAAGCCGAGUGUAUGCGCAGCUGUGACGUGGAGCUCGACUUCAAGUGCCGCAGCUACAACUACAACGACCGGCGGAGGGAGUGCACGCUCAGCAGUGACGACACGGGCAGUCUGGGCGAGCGGGCGCUCGUGGCCGACGUGGAGAGCGUGUUCAGCGAGCGGAGCGUCUGCCGCACCGUUCAGGUGGAGUGCAGCAAGAACGACAUGCAAGUCACCUUCAGCUUCGGGAGCCGUUUCGAAGGCCGAGUGUACGCCACGGGCAACGCGCAGGCCUGCUUCGACAUGGGCAACGGCCGACAGACUGUGCUGCUCUCCAUCCCGUUGGGCAGCCGCUGUGGCACCGUUGAGGAGGGUCGCGGCCGGUACGUGAACCACGUGGUGAUCCAGCAGCACCCGACCAUCAUGCAGGAGUCGGACAAGACCGUGCGGGUUGAGUGCACGUUCGACGCCAACGACCAGACGGUGACUCUCGCGCCCACCGGCAACCGCUUCACUGAAGGCGGCGGCGUCGACGUCAACGCGCCCUUUCGGCCCGUGGGUACUUCGGUGGUUACGAACACUGCGCCGACCCCUAGUGUUAGUCUCCGAAUCGUCGGACGCCAGGGUCGCGACACGAGCGAGGUCAGCCUGGGUGAGGAGCUGACCUUCAUGAUCGUCGCCGACCCGGGCAGCGCCUUCGGUAUCCUCGGCAAGGGCGUCGAGGCGCGCACCGACAACGGAGAGCUGCUCGCGCUCAUCGACGACCAGGGAUGUCCUCGGGAUGCGAGCAUCUUCCCGGCCCUGGAGAUCGACAGGGAGUCCAAGAACCUGAUGGCUAACUUCAAGGCGUUCCGCUUCCCCAGCACGGCGCGGGUCAACUUCUUCGCCACCGUGCAGUUCUGCCAGGACGAGUGUCCGCCGGCGCGCUGCCCCUCGGGCAACUCGUACGGCCGUCGCCGCCGCUCGCUGAACGAGACCGGAGCGGAGGACGUCGCGGAGAAACCCGCCAGCUCGGCCGCCACCGCUGAGGUACCCAUGGAUCUGACGAUUGCUGCUGCUCAAGUACCUAUCGAUCUGCCGAUCAGCCUCAACAACCGCGUCACGCUGAGGGCUCCGACCACCGUGCCGACCACCGUGCCGACCACCGUGCCGACCAGCGUUCCGACCAGCGCCGCUAGCCCCUCCACUAAGCAGACGACCGCAGAUCGCCCCGAGCCCAGCUCGUCCUCCACACCCAUCCCCGUGACGCCGCUGCCUGAGAUGGCAACCGCCUCUUCCUCCGAGAGGAGCGCGACGCCGGAGGACGGGCCGGAGUCGCCCACGGAGGACCCGCUGGAGGAGGACGAGGCGCCGGCGGCACCGCGGGUUGCCGCUGUCCUCUCCGGGAGUGGGCGACCUCCCCAGCCUUCCUCGGAGGAGGCGGUCGAGGCCGCGCCGCACCCUGCCAUGAUCGCCACGCCUGGUAGUCUGCUGCCUGUGGCUUUGCCGCUCACCACCUCCCUGCUGGUGGGACCGGAUAUCUCGUCUGAGAAGGUGCGGCUGAUGAUGGAGGAAGAAGAGGAGGCGGUGGAGCCGCAGAAGUACGACGUCGUGUUCGGGCACAACUGGCAGAGUCGUCAUGCCUAUCAGACAGAAGCCGAUCCCCGCCUUCCGCCGCCACAGGACGCCAUCUGUACGCCGCGCUCGACAGUGGUGGCUGUGGCGAUCACGGUGGCGCUGGCCCAGCUGGGCCUCGUGCUGGGCGGGCUGGGCCUCGCGCCGCCGCCGGCCGGGGACGUCAUCUACGCCAGUCCACAGGAGCUGGGCUACGGCCGCGGCUGCGGCGCGCACGAGCUGGGCCUGGGCCGCGGCUACAGUCGCUUCGGUCGCGCGCUGAAGCCUGAUUUUCCAGUGCCGCUGCCCCGCGCGAGCACCUGA